AUGGAGGCAAAAAGGCCUACUAUCAUUAACAAACCAAAUUCUAUAACAUUUUUCCGGGUGAUUCUGCUUUGCACUUCGUUUCUGUUUUACAAGGACAAGCCUCUGCACUUUUUGACUCUCUAUGUUGCCAGUGUUGUUUUGGACAUGUGCGAUGGUGAGAUUGCCAGGAAGUACGGCGAGGCCACCAUUUUCGGAGCAAUGUUCGACUCACUUUUCGACAGAAUGACCACAACCUUCCUCUACAUGAUGCUGAGCAUAAAGUACCCGAACUACCUUCUGUUCUUCUACUUCAUAUUAUUCUGGGAUGUCGUCGGACACUGGUCCCACAACUACGUGUGCUCGAUUCUCGGAGCCUUGAACCACAAGAAGAUUGACGGGUUCUUUUUGUUGAAGAUGUACUAUGAGAAGAGACCCUUGAUGGGAGCCUCAAUUGUCUGCUUUGAAGCAUUUUUCCUUUCCCUCUACCUGAUGUCGUUUACGAAGACCGGAUCAAACAUGAACACGCUGUGUCGCUUCUUGGUGUUCGGAUCUAUGCCUCUUGCAUUCUUCAAAGCAUUCACUAACACCGCCCAAUUCUUUUACGCCUCGAAACGUCUCGCCAACUAUGAGGUUGAACAGUUUGACACGAAAUCAGUCAUGAAAUAA